CAGUGAUCUCCCUGCUCCAAAACCAGGCCUCGCUUGACCUUCCUUCCAGGGAAGAUUGUUCCCCUUGUGACCCUGCUGAGGAAAGAGACUCCGAUGGACUUACACCGGGCAGCCUUCAAGAUGGAAAAUUCAUCCUAUCUUCCCAACCCGCUGGCAUCUCCGGCCCUGAUGGUUCUCGCCUCCACUGCUGAAGCCAGCCGGGACGCUUCCAUCCCCUGUCAGCAGCCAAGACCCUUUGGAGUCCCGGUAUCAGUGGAUAAGGACGUGCAUAUCCCCUUUACCAAUGGCUCAUAUACUUUUGCCUCCAUGUAUCACCGGCAAGGUGGGGUGCCAGGAGCAUUCGCGAACCGUGACUUUCCCCCAUCCUUGCUGCACCUCCACCCCCAGUUUGCACCCCCCAACUUGGACUGCACGCCAAUAAGUAUGUUGAACCACAGCGGCGUUGGGGCUUUCCGCCCCUUUGCCUCCACUGAAGACAGGGAGAGCUACCAGUCGGCCUUUACGCCGGCCAAACGCCUGAAAAACUGCCAUGACACGGACUCGCCCCACCUGCGCUUCUCGGACGCGGACGGCAAGGAGUAUGAGUUUGGAACCCAGCUCCCUUCCAGCUCCCCGGGCUCCCUCAAAGUCGAUGACACGGGGAAAAAGAUCUUUGCGGUCUCUGGCCUCAUUUCUGACCGGGAGACCUCGUCCAGUCCCGAAGACCGAAACGACAGAUAUAGAAGCGACAGCCAAAGAGGGCCACAAGCGUCUGCGACCACCACCCACCGCAUGGUUUUAGCUCUGCCCCUCUGCAAAAAGAAAGCAACCUUGUUCGACAGCCAGGCCCCGAUCUGCCCCAUCUGCCAGGUCCUUCUGCGCCCCGGCGAGCUGCAGGAGCACAUGGAGCAGGAGCUGGAGAAACUCACUCAGCUGAACGUCAGUAAGAACUCCAUACUGAAGGAUUCCAUGGCACCUGGCACCCCCAAGUCAAUUUUGUUGUCAGCCUCAAUCAAGCGGGAAGGAGACUCUCGGACAGCAUCGCCUCACUCCUCAGAUGAUAUCCAUCACUCAGACAGAUACCAGACCUUCCUGAGAGUGAGAGCGAACAGGCAGACCAGGCUGAAUGCUCGGAUUGGGAAAAUGAAACGGAGGAAGCAAGACGAAGGGCAGGUAUGUCCCCUCUGCAGCCGGCCUCUGUCAGGAUCCGAGGAGGAGAUGAGUAGACAUGUGGAACAAUGCCUUGCAAAGAGAGAAGGCUCGUGCAUGACCGAGGAUGACUCCGUGGACAUCGAGAACGAGAAUGGCAAUCGCUUCGAGGAAUACGAGUGGUGUGGGCAGAAAAGGAUACGUGCCACCACCCUCCUGGAGGGGGGAUUCCGAGGCUCCGGAUUCAUUAUGUGCAGUGGCAAGGAGAAUCCGGAUAGCGACGCUGAUCUCGACGUGGAUGGAGAUGACACACUGGAAUACGGGAAACCACAGUAUACCGAGGCAGACAUCAUCCCUUGCACCGGGGAAGAGCCGGGCGAAGCCAAAGAGCGGGAGGCACUCCGCGGUGCCGUCUUAAAUGGUGGUACGCCCAGUACCCGAAUAACGCCAGAGUUUUCCAAAUGGGCCAGUGAUGAAAUGCCCUCGACGAGUAAUGGGGAGAGCAGUAAACAGGAGGCUCUGCACAAGACCUGUAAGAACAGCGACAUCGAAAAAAUUACAGAAGACUCUGCAGUGACAACAUUUGAAGCGUUAAAGGCUCGUGUCCGGGAGUUAGAAAGGCAGCUUUCCCGUGGAGACCGCUAUAAAUGUCUCAUUUGCAUGGACUCUUACACGAUGCCCCUGACUUCCAUUCAGUGCUGGCAUGUGCACUGUGAAGAAUGCUGGCUGCGGACUCUGGGCGCUAAGAAGCUCUGCCCUCAGUGUAACACCAUCACAUCUCCCGGAGACCUCAGGCGCAUCUACUUAUGAAGGACGCAGCAGGAGGGUGGGACCCAGCUACCCGGAUCAGCUCAUCACACCAAGGGGGGAAAGAACGACAACAAGAAAAGACGUUUCAAACACACAGACUCCAGACGUGGACUCAAGGAUAAAGGAGCCGCGGGAAAGCCUCGGCCUCCGUGUCUCUCGUGUUGGGACCUCCUUUGGCGACUCUACAGCGAGCAAAACCAAACCCUUUUUUAAAACCAGUGUUCCCCUCUCCCCAGAGCUGGCUGUGCAUCGCGGAUGGCUUGUGAGCCCUUCCUUUGGACUGUGCUGUUCACUUCAACAACCCCAGAAGACUGGGAAGGGACCCUUGACAGAAAGAUGUUAAAUAACCUGUAACUUGUGUUCUUUGUUCAGUUUGGUUGGUUGGGUUUUUUUGUUUUGGUUUGUUUUU